UGGGUCAGAUAGAUAGCAGACCAUCGGCGUUAAUCUGGUUGACUUGUGUGGGUCUAUUUCACGACUUCACGUCAGAAGAAUCUCUCCAGGAAUCACAGAAUAUUUUUUUGCAGACAGAGACAGACUCGUCGCUGCUCCGAGGAUUCAGCUGUCACCGGAAAAACACGAUCAUGUUUACAAUGAAACGGUGAAAACAACUAACGGCGCGUUUGUGGAGCCUCAGAAAUAAGAAGAAAAAAAAGGUGUUUCCAGUCUGAUAACGCGGGCUGUCAAACAUAACAGGACACUAGAUGUGAUUCCUCCUCAGUGCGGGCGGCGUCUGAGCACAAAAAGCGACCUUAAAGAUGAUGUCAGGGAAGCAUUUCAAGGCUCAUGAAGUGAGCUGCUGCAUCAAGUAUUUCAUCUUCGGCUUCAACAUCAUAUUCUGGUUUCUUGGAGUGGCAUUCCUCGCCAUUGGGCUGUGGGCAUGGAGUGAAAAGGGCGUUCUCUCCAACAUCUCGUCUAUCACGGACCUCGGUGGGUUUGACCCAGUCUGGCUCUUCCUGGUGGUGGGUGGUGUGAUGUUCAUCUUGGGGUUUGCUGGAUGCAUCGGUGCACUGAGAGAGAACUCCUUCUUGCUCAAAUUUUUCUCCGUGUUUCUGGGUAUUAUCUUCUUCCUGGAGCUGACUGCAGGAGUCCUGGCCUUCGUCUUCAAAGACUGGAUCAAGGACCAGCUCAACUUUUUCAUUAACAACAACAUUCGGGCCUACAGAGAUGACAUUGAUCUGCAAAACCUGAUCGACUUUACUCAGGAAUAUUGGGAGUGUUGUGGAGCUUUUGGAGCUGACGACUGGAAUUUGAACAUCUACUUCAACUGCACUGAUUCAAACCCGAGUCGUGAGAAAUGCGGAGUUCCCUUCUCCUGCUGCACCAAAGAUCCAGCCGAGGAUGUCAUCAACACUCAAUGUGGCUACGACAUCCGAGCAAAAACGGACUCAGAGCAGCGGACCUUCAUCUAUAUCAAAGGCUGCGUUCCUCAGUUUGAGAAGUGGCUUCAAGACAACCUGACAGUGGUGGCAGGCAUCUUUAUUGGGAUCGCAUUACUACAGAUUUUUGGCAUCUGUUUAGCACAGAACCUUGUGAGCGACAUUGAAGCUGUAAGAGAGAGCUGCUUGUUCACCUAAAACCUCAGCAGAAUCCCAAAGGCGAGAAGGAUGUAACAGGUCUCUGCAGUUUGGACGCCAGCAAUGAAGGGAAACAAAUUAAUCAGCAAAAGUGUCCAGACAAAGAGUCUCAAAUGUAAAUAAUAAAUUUAGAGUUAUUUUUAGAGUGAUUUGUGGCCCUAUUUAAGACUGAAGCACAGCCUCUGAAAUGAACUGAAGCUCUUGAGCAGCACACAUUAAACAGAGACUGUAAAGGAGGAGAAAGGAGGAGAAGAGAAAGAAGGAUCCGCUAUGGUAGGUUUCUCAGCAGUAAUGCUUCAGUCAGAACAGGGGGCCUUGGUUUUAUAAGUCUCACAGCAGCAGCUUUGAUCGCUGCAUGUAAGGGUCGUGUACAAAGAUGAGAGUGAUUGUGGAAAUGCACUGCAUGCCUUUUGUCUACUGUUAGGACAUUGGCUCUCCUAAAUGUAUUUCAUUAAUGUUAAGUAUUUUAAAAUAUUUGUGAAUUAGUCACUAGAUUAGAGUGAUUCGGCUGGUUAGCACUUUGUCGAACGUUUCAAUUGAAUCUACUUAAAUCUAUAGAGAGUUUACUUUAAAUUUAUUUCCAUCUGUGAUUUCAUCAUGCUCGUUUUAAAAACAUGCUAACAGUUUGUAAGCAGAGUUUUGUCGGGCUGCGGUGGAUUUAGAGACACAGUAUCGUAAAUGGUGGAUGUUGUAAGCUUUGCAAAGAUGCAGGAUUAGGGAGUGACAUUAAAAAAAUGUCUGGAUAAACUUAAGUAAAGCAGAAGAGCAGCCUUAAGCACUUUAAUCUUCAUGUAAGAGUAAUGAAGCUCAUCACAGCCUCUCAGUUUGUCAUGACAGACUGUUACUCUCACAGAAGCCACUGGAGGGGGCACUUUUCCUUGAAAACCUUAUGAUGCUUCAUAGUGUCACAUAAUUUGUCCAAAAACAGAUUUAUAGAAAAUGUGUUUCAGUAUUGUGCCACCUGCACAUGACCUUAUCUUACUGUCAGUGUUCUUUAAUUUCCAUCUAUUUAAGUAUUUUUUUCUGAUGUUUCUUUGAUAAGUACACUUAAAUCGGUGGGAUACUUUGUUGGACGUGUUUCUUGAUCUUUUAAGUUUUCACUGGAAAAUUAAGAUACAAGCUAUUUCCAAGGCUCACCAUGAAUGCUGGGACUGCUUUGUGGCACUAAACUGAUGUUAAAUGACUUACAGCCUGCAUUCACACAUACAUGUAAUACUUGAAAGUAGAGCUCUCAAGCUCUCUCACCAGCAUUCUUUUCAGUGCAAACUCAGAAUGAGAGUUGGAUACAGCUUAAAGGGGUUUUCUCUGUAGAAAUGACCUUGUAGCCUCAUAUUUACUCAUUAAUCAUUAAUAGAACUGCAUGAAAGUACAAAAAGCCAUUUAGUACAGGCUGUUUGAACCUGCAGCAGGUGAGACAGAGCUCGUCAGAGUCAAAUGAUGUGCAGCAUUGUGGUACUGAAAUAACAUCGUCACAUUCAAGAUAUCCAAGAACGCAUUUGAGAUCUAAGCAGGAAAUGGGUCAUUUUUCCCACUUUAAACUUUACAUGAUUGUCGACUGAUCACACUUUUUCUUACCACUCAGUG